AUGCGAACGCCUAAACAGGAACAGAUGCAGGCUGGGUCAUUCGAUAUCUUGGUAAGAGAACUGAGAGGAUAUAAAGGCAGAGAAGCCUCGCGAGGAGGAGAGGAGGAGGAGAAGGUGGAGGAGAAAGAGGGGAGGAGGGAGAGGAGAAGGGGAGGAGGGGGAGGAGGAGGAGAGGAGGUGGAGAGGAGGAGGGGAGGAAAGGAGGAGGAGAAGGUGGAGGAGAAGGAGGGGAGGAGGGGAGGGGAGAGGAGGGGAGGAGGAGGGGGAGGAGGAGGGGAGGAGAGGAGGAGGGGAGGAGAAGAGGGGGAGGAGGGAGAGGAGGAGAAGGGGAGGAGGAGAGGAGGGGGAGAGGAGGAGGGGAGGAGAGGAGGAGGAGGGGGGAGGAGAGAAGGAGGAGGUGGAGGAGAAAGAGGGGGAGGAGGGAGAGGAGGAGAAGGGGAGGAGGAGAGAAGGAGGAGGAGGAGGAGCAGUUCUAUCACUCUGAUCGUUUUCCUUAUUACACUGUCUCACACAGAUAACGCAGAUUAUAUGAUGAGGCGACUAGUAUUCUGA